ACGGACAGGAAGAAGCCCAAGAACAGAGCAGUUGCUGAAAUCUGACCGGGGAAGCUCCAGCCUCUGUUCCAGCUCAAAGAGACGCAGCUAUCCAAGAGCGAGGCCUUGGAGAUCAAACGGGAAGCUGCGAGCAAACCUGUGAAGAUCCAACUGAGAUUCAGAGCUAUGAAUCAAGGAGCAGUGAUUUUAGCUCACGGUCCAUCUGCUAUGUCUACAGCUGUGGGCAGAAUCCAUUCUCCGAGAUGGAAAUGUUUGAGCUUGAAACCGUCAUGUCUUCUCCAUAUUCGUAGCUUCCGUUUUCCAGGUAAAUGUCCCAUUAUCUGCUGUCAAAAGAAAUCUCGGUGGGAACCUUUGCCACAUACUUACUCACCAAGAGAGGAUGGAGAUAACCUUUUCACCAAAACCACCGACUUAUUUGAAAACUUGAGCUCUGAGAGCGCAUCCGAGGCACUGGAAGUGAAAAAGGUGGAGGAGCUUUCUGGCACGAAUAAUCAAACUUUGUUAAAGACUAUGUUUUUCAGAUGGCCAAUGUGGCUUCUGGGUCCUUCUGUCCUCCUUAUGACAGGCAUGAUGCCAACGUUAUGGCUGCCGAUAUCUUCAGUCUUCCAAGGCCCUAAUAUCGCCAGCUUGCUUUCAUUGGUUGGGCUGGAUUGCAUCUUUAACCUGGGUGCCACACUAUUUUUCCUGAUGGCCGAUUCUUGUGCCCGGCCAAUGAAAUUGGUGCAGGAGCGCUACAGCAAGGUUCCUUUUAGCUAUCAAUUCUGGAAUGUGGUUGCUGCGAUAGUGGGAGUUAUUGUUCCCUUUAUGAUACUCUUUGGAUGUCAAAAGGGCCUCUUCCAACCUCAACUACCACUCAUCUCAUUCACAGUACUGUUGGGCCCGUACAUGUUGCUUUUGUUUGUGCAAACUCUGACUGAGAUGCUGACAUGGCAUUGGCAAUCUCCAGUUUGGCUAGUGACACCGGUUGUUUAUGAGGCUUACCGGGUGUUACAACUGAUGAGGGGUUUGAAGCUUGGGACUGAAAUGAAUGCUCCUGGGUGGAUGUUGCAUACGCUUAGGGGUCUGGUGUGUUGGUGGGUGCUUAUACUUGGUGUGCAGCUCAUGAGGGUUGCUUGGUUCGCUGGUGCCUCUGAUCAAACACGUUGGAGAGAAUCUGCUCCCGCUGAUGGUUAGAGUUGUAUAGUUAGUCAUAGUUGGGUGGAACACGAAGUUGUUAAUGUAAUCUUCAUAGGAUUCGCCACCCUGAUCAGAAACAAAGCUCGGUGCUGCCAUUACUGAUAAAAGAGCUCCGCAUUGUCUACCUAAACCUGCCUUCGCGUACACAUGACUGCUUACAACACUACAAAUGAGCUUGAAAAUGUUAUGAACUGGAACCAAAUCAGAAUCGACCCUCAGGCCUUCGAACCGGUUAUUGCGGUCGGGUUCAUUUGGAAACACACUUUUCUUUGAUCUGAACCUUUUCGUUCCCCCACAUUUGAAGAUGCUCGGCAAAUGUGUUAAUUUCAGUUCUUCUUAAUAGAAGUAACACUCUGCAAUCUCAAGUGUCACGAGAUUGAUUUGUAAAGCAGGCAUCGGAUUACGAAAAGGGGAAAGGGUUAUCAUGGUAAAA